UGCCUCGCAGUUCAAAACGUGCUCCACGUGACCCUUGGCGGUGCCCUGCGUGCUGCGCAGGCGCAGAGGGCCAGGCGCUGGAGCUGCUGUCAUGGCCUGCCUCAACCCGGUGCCUAAACUCUACAGAUCUGUAAUUGACGAUGUAAUUGAAGGAGUGCGGGACCUAUUUGCUGAAGAAGGUGUAGAGGAACAAGUUUUGAAAGACUUGAAGCAGCUUUGGGAAACCAAGGUUUUGCAGUCUAAGGCAACAGAAGACUUCUUCCGAAAUAGUGUCCAUUCACCUCUGUUCACCCUUCAGCUGCCACACAGCUUGCACCAAACAUUGCAAUCAUCAACAGCAUCGCUAGUUAUUCCUGCUGGUAGAACUCUUCCAAGUUUUAUCACAGCAGAACUGGGCACCUCAAACUCCAAUACAAAUUUUACUUUUCCUGGUUAUCCUAUUCAUGUACCAGCAGGUAUGACACUACAGACUGCAUCUGAUCACCUUUAUAAAGUCAAUGUACCAAUUAUGGUGACACAGUCUUCUGGUAGAGCAAAUAUUAUUCAGCAUCCAAUUCAACAGGUAUUUCAGCAGCUUGGGCAGCCUUCAGUAAUACAGACUAGUGUUCCACGAUUGAACCCAUGUUCUCUUCAAGCAACUACUGAAAAAUCACAGAGAAUUGAAACUGUGCUACAACAACCCACAAUUCUACAUUCUGGGCCGAUAGAUAGGAAACACUUAGAAAAUGUCACCAGUGAUACACUUGUGCCUCCUGGAAAUGAGCGUAAAAUCAUGUCUGAAGCUUUGCUGAGUCAGCAGGAGAGCCCUCAGUUUAUCAGUCUUGCAGGCGUUGCAUUUCCUCUACAGGUCUGUCAAACAAAUCCUAAUGUGGAGCCAGUGCUCAGCAUGACUCAAAAUCUGCAUGGUGGGCCCCUCUCUACAGGCCCUCAGGGGCCCCUCCACCAGCACAUGACUGAUAUUCAGCUUCAUGUUCUUAAAAAUAGGAUGUGUGGAUGUGACUCUGUAAAGCAAGCAAGAAAUAUAGAGGAUUCCAGCAGCCUACCUGUAUCAGAGAAGGAUUCUAAUUCUCAGAUGGAUUUAAGCAUUCAAGAAACUGAUGAUGAUAUUAAUGAAAUAAUUCAAAUAGAUGGAACCGGUGAUACAUCUUCCAAUGAAGAAAUAGGAAGUACAAAAGAUGUAGAAGAGAAUGAAUUUCUAGGGAUUAUUGAUGCAGGAGAUCUGAAGGUGCUUGAAGAAGAAGCUGACAGUGUAUCAAAUGAAGAUUUAACUGCAAACAGUAGUGAUAAUGAAGACCCCAAAGUAGCCAAUGUGGAAGAGGACCCUUUAAAUUCUGGAGAUGAUGUUAGCGAGCAGGAUGUGCCAGACCUGUUUGACACAGAAAAUGUAAUCGUCUGUCAGUAUGAUAAGAUUCAUCGAAGCAAGAACAAAUGGAAAUUCUAUUUGAAAGAUGGUGUUAUGUGUUUUGGAGGGAGAGACUAUGUAUUUGCAAAAGCCACUGGUGAUGCUGAGUGGUGAGGAAAACGUCUCAAAAGUUUUGUCCAGUGAUACUCCGUGUUACAUGAGUGCUCCUGCCAAGGAUUCAUAUCCAAUUCUGAGGAACCACAAAGUUCAGGGUCCUUUCAUCAUACCACCUUGCUGCUUCUAACCAGGAGAUUCGUGGGAAAGGAAAAGAAGAGAAAAUAAAGA